UCACAGAAACACCCGACACAGCUCUAUACUCCCGACCGGUAUCUCCAAGGCGGCGAGGCCGCGGCCGCUAAGACCAACCAGACCAUAUCUACCCCCCAGUUCGGCGCCUGUUCAAGACCUCAAGCUUGCCACAAGAGUUCACUUCCAAUCCUCACACCUAGCCAGCCAAAAUGAAUCGGCUAUUCGGUACGAAGAACACGGCACCCAAGCCAACGCUAGAUGGGGCCAUAACCAAUGUGGAAACACGCAUUUCCAGCAUUGACGUCAAGCUGGCGGCUCUCAACUCGGAACUAUCUACCUAUCAAACCAAGAUCUCCAAGAUGCGCGACGGGCCGGGAAAAACCGCGUUACGGCAGAAAGCCCUCAAGGUUCUCCAGCGGCGGAAACAGUACGAAGCGCAGCGGGAUCAGCUGUCGCAGCAGUCAUGGAAUAUGGAGCAGGCGGGCAUGAUGCAGGAUAAUUUGAAGAAUGUGAUGACGACGGUUGAUGCUAUGAAGACGACGACCAAGACCCUUAAGAAGCAGUAUGGUCAGAUUGAUAUUGAUAAGAUUGAACGGCUGCAGGAUGAGAUGGCGGAUUUGAUGGACGUGGGGAACGAAAUCCAGGAAAGUAUAUCGCGGGCGUAUGACGUUCCCGAGGAUGUCGAUGAGGCGGAACUCGAUGCGGAAUUGGAGGCGCUAGGCGAGGAGACUAUGAUGGAGAGCUCGAUGGCUGAUAGUGCUAUGCCUAGCUUCCUGCAAGAUGAGGUGGCGCCGCCGCAGUUCAUUGAUGAGCCCCCGGAGCAGACUAAGGUUAAGGAGCCUGCUAGUGGGUUGGGUUAGGAUUACAUGUUUUACGAGAAUAGCGUUUAGGAGUUCAGAUCAUGGUGGCAUCGGAGUUUGGAUUUUUCUUGUUCUCUUUUUCUUCCCCUUAAAUUGGUCGACUAAGCUGUGUUCAUUCUACGAGCUUUAUUAUCUAUGUUCUUUCUGC